AGGUAUUUAAUUAAUAGAACCCGUAACAAUUUAAGAGUUUACGUACCUUUAAGAGUACGUUUUACGUACUAUUAAGAGUACGUUUAUAUUACAAGAUUCUAAUGUGGAGGCCCGGCUUUACACAUACAGGCGAGUGGCACGCUUUUAAUGAACACCUGGGACCCCCACCCGUAAAAGAGGUGACGGACCAGAUGCUCGAGGACCACUUAGCUGAGUGUGCGGCGGCUGACUGUACGUCUGUCCGCGCAUUUCUGUGCCCCCUCGUCUCGGACACCUACUAUGGGUCCAAGAUAUUUGCCGUCCUCCGCAGAAAUCAAGACGUGCAUACACGCCAGCUGAGCUUCUUUGAUGAAGCUUCGUCGGAAAGGGAACAGUCCGCGUUUAACUCGCUGCACAAGUUCGCCGGCUUUGCCCGACGGCAUCAUUCCUAGAGGACUCGAACCUCCGCGGCUACUCUAACUCACACGCCGCGGACUACGCCCAAUGCGAGCGCCGUGAGCGUGAGCAGUUUAACAAAGGGCGAGACUACGAGCGCCGUAAGGCCCACCCCUCGCGGGACCCAUAGUCAACUGCCAAGUCAACACUUUAUCCGUCCUGUGCUAUGCCGAUAAUGGCGCGAUCCCUAACCUGAUAUUGAAACAGUUAGUGAUAGACGAAGGAUUAGAAACUCAGGCAAUUAGUCCUGUCUUUAUGAAGUCUUUUGGUGGAGCGACUAUGGUCCCACCCAAUAAACAAUGUACAUUACCCAUUUUGCUUGAAGUUUACGA